GAGGGAGACAGAAUCCAAAGUAGGUCCAGGCUCUGAGCUGUCAGCACAGAGCCCGAUGCGGGGCUCAAACUCAUGAACUGCGAGAUUAUGACCUGAGCCGAAGUCGGAUGUUCAACAGACUGAGCCACCCAGGCACCCCCAGAUGACAGUUUAAAUGCAUUAAUUUACAUUCAUAGCAUGGAAUUAUUAUAAACCUGUUAAAAAGAAUAAAACAUACCUAUAGAUACUAUCAUGUACUAUUUUUGGAAUGCAUCAUUAAAUGAGAAAAAAAAGUACAGAGAAGUGUAUAUAACAUAUGAUCAAUUUGAAUUUGAAAUAACGACGACAACAACAACAAUAAUAAUACUAAUGGAGAUUGCAGCUACUUUACAAUAUUAAUCCUCUUCAGCCAAAAAGUACCAAAAAUACCUGUAGUUGAACCACGUUUAAUUGUUUGUUUAUUUUUUUUUCUUCCUUCAAAUAUCAUGAGGGUACUCUCUUAGAAAGAGAGUAUGAGAAAAGACUCGGCUUGGGUUGGGUGAUUUUGAGGGGUCCAAGGAAGUGAGGACAACUAUAUCAUUGGGUAUCUUAACAAAUUUUGUCUAUUGAGAGAGCAGCCUUUAGGAGGAUAAAGCUAUAAUUGGAUAAAGUCUAGGCUCCACUUGGUCUUUGCUGGCAGGGAUGGGGGUGGGCCAUAGUUUCUUCUAUAGUAAAUUGGUUAUUUCCCAAAAGCUUUCUGCCUUUGUAGGCUGCCAUUUUCCUGGUCCUUUGGCUCAUAGGAGCAGUUUUUGCUGGGCCCUUUUCUGUAGGUGCCCAUUGGUAUUUCCAGGCUUUCUGGCUUCUCUAGCACCAAUUCUGGGAUAUAUUCAGCAAAAAGAAAACCCAGGGAACUCAUCACCAUGUUGUUUGUUCAUUGGAUCUUGAAGUCUUUAGCUGAUAUGCUUUCUCAUAUGUUUGCUUUUUAUAUUAUGCCCAGAAUUUUUAGUUAUAAAUUGAGAAAGUGCAUCUACUCAAUCUUCCUGGAAUGGAAAUCCCUGGAUAGAUUUUUUUCACUGUUUGGAAUUUUUUUGCCAUAAGCAUGAAUCAUUCAUUCAAAUAAGUAAAUACAUAUAGAUACAAACUUUGCUUUUUAAAAACUGAUCACUGCAGAAUCCCUAUGAAGAAUAUAAAGGAAAACAGUGGGAUAGAGAGUGGCUGAAGUAAGAAAAGCUUCUUGGUUAAGGUGGUCAGGGAAAACCUCUCUGUGACACUUGAGCUGGAAUAAAAAACCAGUCUUGUAAAGAACUGAAGAAGAGAAGAGGAAGAGGAAAUGCAAAAGACCUGAAAUAGAAAUAAGCUUGGCAUAAUCCAGGAACAGAGGGAAUUCUAGUAUCCAUGGAAUACUAGAGCUGUCAUCUCACUUAUUGGCAUAAUGAAAAGAAUUAGCCAACAUUCAUAUUGGAUCUUCGCUUACUCAUCAGUUGCAACCAUAAGUUAAAUACAGAUACAAAAGUUUAGCAAAAAUCAAUGAAAGAAUUCUGCAAAAACUGAAAUGCCAUAUGGAAUUUACAACAAGGAAUAUUAUCUAUUUUAUUAUUUACGUAUGUGCAACAUAUCCUUUAUAUUAAUAAAAGUUAUUCUAGAAUGUAUGUAUGUGUAAACAUGUGUGUGGGUGUGUGAAGCCUCAAAGAAAAGUGAAGCCUAGGAAUAUACUUAAGAGCCAUCAGUAUUUAAAUGGCAGUUAAAGCCACUUAACCAGAUAAAAUCAACUAGGAAAAGUGUGUGUAAACAAAAAUAAAGUGCAAGACCAAAUCCUGGGCAUGAAAAAUGGUAUUGCCAGUGUGGUAGAAGGAAAACCAGGAGAAAAUGCUGUGCUGGAAGCCAAGUAAGAAGAAGUAGUCAACUAAGUUGGACUUGGAAAAAUUGAUAACUUCAACAAGGGCACAUUUAAUGAAAUGUUGAUGUCCAAAGCCAGAUUGGAUGAAUUUAAAAUAGACAUAGCACUUUUGGCUCCCUGGUUGUCAGCAAGAACCAAGCGCCUUAUGAAAGGCAGCAAAAAAGGAGCCAAGAAGAAAGUGGUUGAUCCAUUUUCAAAGAAAGGUUGGUGUGAUGUAAAAGUGCCAGCUAUGUUUAAUAUAAGAAAUAUCAGAAAAACACUAGUCACAAGAACUCAAGCAACCAAAAUCGCAUCCGAUGACCUUAAGGGUCAUGUUUUCGAAGUGAGCCUUGCUGAUCUGCAGAAUGAUGAAGUUGCAUUUAGAAAGUUCAAGCUAAUUACUGAAGAUGUUCAAGGCAAAAACUCAAAUUUCUGUGGCAUGGAUCUUACCCAUGACAAAAUGUGCUCCAUGGUCAAAAAAUGUCAGAUCAUGGUUGAAGCUCCUGUUAAUGUCAAGACUGCCAAUGGUUAUUUGCUUCAUCUCUUUUGUGUUGCUUUUACUACUAAACGCAACAUUCAGAUUUGGAAGACCUGUUAUGCUUACCACCAACAAAUCCACCAAAUUUGGAAAAAGAUGAUGGAAAUCAUGACCCAAGAGGUGCAGACAAAUGACUUGAAAAAAGUGGUCAAUAAAUUGAUUCCAGACAACAUCGGGAAUGACAUAGAAAAUAUUUGUCAGUCUAUUUAUCCACUCCAUGAUGUCUUCGUUAGAAAAGUAAAAAUGCUGACAAAACCUAACUUUGAACUGGGAAAGCUCAUGGAGCUUCAUGAUGAAGGUAGUAGUUCUGGAAAAGCUACUGGGAGUGAGACUGGUGCUAAAGUUGAACAAGCUGAUCGAUAUGAGCCACCAGCCCAAGAAUCUGUUUAAAAUUCAGACAUUUAAUGGUGACAAAUAAAAAAUCUUAUUUGUGAUAUUUAAUUUCUGGUCAUUCUUUUUAAAUAAUCUAUACUUGGUGAAUCAGAUGUUCUGAACUGAUGGUGAUGUGAACUUUUCUGAACUGUUGUAUGAAUUUAAUUCAUUGCUCUUAGUUACUAAAUAGCUGCAAAAGACUAGUAAUCUAUUUUAAGCUGAAGUAAUCUGGAUGGAAGUAUAAUAGAUGGCUAAUAAAAUGAAAUCUUUAGAGACAAAUAUAAUAAAAUAGUCAUAGCAUUUCCAUUGUCAAUCAAGAUUUAUGCAAAAUGCAUUUUGAAAUUUUCUUCUAACUAUGAGAAAUACAAGGUAGAAAACUCCCUAAACUCACAGAUUUACCUGGUAAUAGUGUAAGGGUUAAAUUGUACUGUAGGGCUAACGCUUAGCUUGAAAGAUAACAACUUUGUUCUGACACUGAAGGUCAAAAGAUAACAGCCUUGCUUUUACUCUUGUAAAUCAUACUUCAUACUCUUGUGAAUCAGGCUUUACCAAUGAAGGAAACAAAAGCUCAAAAAAAGAGCAUCAGAGACAAGGUCAAGGAGAUCCACUGGUUGCAACUUAGCAGCAGAAAGUCCAAAAUAAUCACCUCAUUCGAUAACUGUUUCUGACUCAUCUGGCAACUGUUUCUAACUCAUCUGGGAACUGUUUCUCUGUUCUGUUCCCAGAUAAUGAUAAAACGAUGUGAUCGGCUUUAAAAACUCUGUACCCCAGCUGUUCGGAGCCACACUCUUAUCAAGAGUGUUGGUCCCGAUCAGUCGGCCUUGCCUCUCAUUGUAAUAAA